AGAGAAUUAGAGGGCAAGAAUGCACCCAGGAAAAGAAGAACUGGAGAGAGCUCUCAAGAGGAAGCGGGGAUUGAGCCCUUACAAUAUAAGAAUUAGGACAAUGUCACAACUGCUGGACCAUACAUCAGAUGACCUGCCAGUUAGAGACACGGACUCAGUAUCUCAGUGGAAAGGUAAGAAUAUAAAAGCCCAACCAGUCCUGAGCAGGAUGGACCGAGAGGAACUGGAGGACAAUCUCUUUCGACUACGUGAAGAGCACAUGUUGGUGAAAGAUCUGUUUUGGAAGCAACAGGAGGAGAUUAAAAGGCUGAGGACGACCUUGAUGCGCCUGAGACUGACGGCCGCGGGCGGGGACCUGCGGGCCCGGGCGGCCGCCGCUGCGCGGAAGUCGGAGCCCGCGGGGCGGCAGCGCCAGGCGGCAGGGCGGCCCCCCACGCAGCCGCGCGUCCCGGGGCAGCGGCGCCCCGAGAGGCCCAGGCUCCCGGCGCCAGCCCCGCUGCUUCCUUCGGCUCCAGGCCGCGCUCCGCCUCGGGGCCCGCCGGGACGCAGACGGCUGCACACCGCCGGCGCCAGGGUGCCCGAGCGACCCUCGCAGGGUUCAAGGGAUCGGCCGAGCUACACAGCCCCUGCCAGAUUCAAGGAGCAUGCGAUACAGGAAAGACCCAGAGAAGAAGCAGCCUGUGAACCGGAUGAACCUGCCCACCUUAUGGCCAAUGACAGUAUGCAAAUGGAAGAAGCACCAACGUCUCCUGAGAAAAUGUUGUCCAACAAUGAACAGUUUGGUCAGAAAAGCUCGCUGGAGUGUGCUCAGAAGGCUGCAGAGCUUCGCGCCUCCAUUAAGGAGAACGUGGAGCUGAUCCGACUGAAGAAGCUCUUGCACGAAAGGGACACGUCCCUGGCCGCCACGAAAGCACAGUUAACAGACGUUCAAGAGGCAUAUGAAACCUUGCUCCAGAAGAAUCAGGGACUCCUGAGUGCAGCACACGAUGCCCUCUUCAGCCAAGUGGAUGAGCUGAGGGCAGAGUUCAAGGAGGAGAGCAAGAAGACUGCGAGCCUGAGGAGCCAGCUAGAAGACAUGGCCAUCCUGCAGAGGACCCUGGAGGAGUUUCAGGAAAGAGUUGAAGAUUUGGAGAAAGAACGAAAAUUGCUGACUGACAAUUAUGACCGACUCUUAGCAGACGUGCUGGACAGCAGCAAGCAGCCACCCUGGAGCAGUGAGCCUGCAGGUGAGCAGCUGAGGCAGCAGGUCUCUCAGCUGCAGGACCAGCUGGAUGCUGAGCUGCAGGAGAAAAGGAACAUCUUGCUUCAGCUGUCCACAGAGAAAGCUCAAAAUGAAGAUCUGAAGCUUGAAGUCUCCAAUAUCCUUCAGAAGCAUAAACAGGAGGUGGAAAUGCUCCAUGAGGCAGCCGCCACAGCCCUGGCUCCAGACAGGCACUCCGAACUGGCUCUGCUCCCAGUCCCAUUCCUAGAGGCAGCUCAGAGCGAGCCUAGUGAACCAAAAGCCCAAGAAGAGAAGAAACUGUCCCAGAUGCUGAAUGAGCUGCGAGUGUCACAUGCAGAGACCACCCUGGAACUGGAAAAGACCAGAGACAUGCUUCUUUUGCAGCGUCAGAUCAAUAUGUGCUAUCAGGAGGAGAUGGAAGCAAUGAUGACAAAAGCUGAUAGCGAAAGUAAAGAUCACAGACAAAAACUGGAGCGGCUGAGUCAACUCCUCGACCUCAAGAACAACCGAAUCAAGCAGCUGGAAGAACAGCUCAAAGACGUCGCUUAUGGCACCCGACCACCGUCAAUAUGUCUGGAAAUGAUGCCAGCCCAUGGGGAUGAGAACGGAGUGGACAUUUCUCUACUGCAUCUGGGCGAGAAUCUUUUUGAGUUGCACAUCCACCAGGCUUUCCUGACAUCCGCUGCCCUGGCUCAGGCCGGAGACGUCCAGCCCACCACUUUCUGCACCUAUGCUUUCUAUGAUUUUGAAACCCACUGCACUCCAUUAGCAGUAGGGCCACAGCCCCUCUAUGACUUUACUUCCCAGUACGUGAUAGAAACCACUUCCCUUUUCUUGCACUAUCUUCAAGGAGCUUCUGCCCAGCUUGAUUUACACCAGGCUGUGGCCAGCGAGCACCGGACUCUUGCAUCUGCACGGAUUUGUUUUGACAAGGUGCUAGAGACCGUGGCGAAAGUCCACGGUUCAGCCACGCUGACUGGAGCUGGUGGACAAGACUUUGGGGUGCUAGAAUACUGGGUGAGGCUGUGCCUGCCCCUCAAAGCCAGCCUACAGGCAUGCCGUAGGCAGAAGAAAGCCCAGGCCUACCUGUCAACCAGUGUGCAUGGAGCAAGGGAGGCCCAGGAGAAUGAGGCCAGAUUGGACACCUCAAGCCCUGCGAACGAGCUGCGGAUUGAAAUCACCAGGUGCUGUGGCCUGCGGAGUCGACAGUCAGGAGCUCAGCCCAGCCCCUAUGCCAUGUACCGCUUCUUCACCUUCUCUGACCACGACACUGCCCUCAUCCCCACCAGCGACAACCCCUACUUUAAUGACCAGGCCCUGUUCCCAGUGCCGCCGAGCGAUGAGCUGGAUCAGUACCUGAGGCGGGAGGCCCUGACCGUGUAUGUUUUUGAUGAUGAAGACCCCGAGCCUGGCUGUUACCUUGGCCGGGUCCAAGUGCCCUUGCUACCUCUUGCACAGAAUAAGGUUAUUAAAGGUGACUUUACCCUCACUGACCCUGCUGAGAAACCAAGUGGAUCCAUUCAGUUGAAGCUGGACUGGAAGUCUCACUACCUCCUUCCCGAGAGCUUCCAGAAACACGAUGCGUACACUGAGAACUGGCUGUCAUCUGCUGAGGUUCCCCCCGAAGCUGGCCAGUGCCAAACAAAGAGGAACCCUCCUCAGAUGGGAGCCGGGAAGGAAAAGGAGCACCAGGUUGUGAGCUACUGCAGAAGAAAGCAUGGCCACAGAACAGGUGUCCAGGGAAGGAACAGACUGCAGUAUUUCAGUCGUAACGUCUUAAGUGGAGACUUGAUACAACAGGUGAACUACACCGAGUGGGUGUCCUCAGGGCUGCACAUCUCAAAAGAUGGCAGUGUUAAAACUCAGACCGAGGAAGAGGAGAUGACGUUACCCCAUUCGGCACCGAAAGAGGAGGAAUCCCCGCAUCCUGUAAAUGUGGAUCAAGAAUCCUCUGAACAAGCUUCUGAAGCCAGCGAAGCACAGACUACUGACAGUGAUGAUGUGGUAGUGGCAUCUGUGUAUCAGAAGUACCCCAAGGCAGAUUCAGAGAAAAUGUGCAUCGAAGUUGUCUCCCUGGCCUUCAACCCAGAGGCCGAAGUCAUGGCUGAUGAUAACGUAAAGCAGGUGUACGUGGAGUACAGGUUUCAUGAUCUGCCCCUGUCUGAGACAGAGACGCCGGUAUCCCUGCGGAAACCGAGGGCAGGAGAAGAAAUCUACUUCCACUUCAGCAAAGUGAUUGACCUGGACCCUCUGGAGCAGCAAGGCCGAAGGCAGUUCCUUUUUGCUGUGCUGCAGGCGCAAGACCCAGAGCAAGGACACUUAAAGUUUACGGUAGUAAGUGAUCCUAUGGAUGAAGACACAAAAGAAUGCGAAGAAGUAGGAUAUGCAUAUCUUGAACUGUGGCAGAUCCUGGAAUUUGGAAGAGACAUUGUAGAGCAAGAGCUAGAGAUUGUCAGCCCCCGAGACCAGGAUGUGGUAAUAGGAAGGCUGAAGGUGUCCCUGCAGGCAGCCGCGGCCCUCCACAGCAUUUACCAGGAGAUGACGGAGUAUGUGCUGUCCUGAAGGGUCAGCGCCCUCCACUCUGCAGUCUGAGGGAACCACAGUGAAGUCCUGUGUGAAGUAACCUGCCAUACACUAGGUGUGUUUGCUGGAAUAUCCACACUUCUCAGCCUAAGAAUGAAGUCUAGAAUGGUACUAAUUGGACAAAGGCAUUUUCUUUGAACAUUUUGGUGUUUUACCAGGUGAGAAGCAGGGUUCAUUUCACGGACUGCAAAGGAAUGGUUACAAAAGGCAAGUUUACAAAAACAAAGCUAACAAAAACCCCACAGUUUAUUUAUCUUUUAGUUUUUCCAAAAUUGAAAAUAUCAAGUCCUACAGCUAAGGAGAAAAAAACAAACAAACAUAAAAUCUGAGCACCCUCCCCCCUUUCUCUGAAGCCAUGGACACGGAAGGAAGUGCAGGGGGUGGGCGGGCGCAGAGAACCAGGAGGGAGGAGGGCAAGGAAAACUCCCUGCACCUAAAAAGCCGGUAAACAGAAAGUGAUAAAUACAGGACACUGGCAGGGUAAAUAAAAUGGGGCAGCAGGGCAGAGGCUGUGUGGUGGAUACGGCCUCCCGUCCCUUUCUUCUCUCCUCAGGCAAUGCUAGGCCCAAGGCACGAUCUGCCCCAGAUUGAAAUCUUGACUGCCCCAGCCUCCCUCUAGAUUUCACCUAAAGUAGUGAAUGAGGCACACAAACCAUUUUUCCUUUGAUAUAUCAGAAAAGAGAAAUUGGUCAUUUUGCCUUCUAUCACUGUAUCAUGUGUAAUUUUUAAGAAAGUGCCGAGGCAGGGAGUGUCACUGCUUCAUAUGUUUCUAAGGUGGCAGAAAUACCUCGGAAUCUGCAUGAGCCAGUAACCAGGAAACCUCAGAUGAAGGCACCAGCCCAAUCUGCCUCAUAAGCUCAGACCAUAUGGGUCACGUGAUCAUUAGCAACUCCUAGGAACCUUUGCUUGAAUAUUGCAAAGAUGGAACAUAGGACACGGGAGGAAGGUCCCGGCUGUAGGGUAAGAUGAGGACUGAAUCUGCUGGUCAAGAACCACAGGACAGGUGACUAAGGUCACCUUGUACCACUGUCCUGGAAAUACAGCUUUGAGGCAUCAGAGAUGUCGGCAGCCAUCGCUGUCCUGGCAGAAGAUGACAGAAGAGCGGAAUGAAUGGUGUUUAUUAACAGUGGGAGCCUCCACCCUUCUUCAAGAGCACUUCCUCCCCUGCCAUCUGAACGGGGCCAUUGACGCAUGUCCUGGUGGUCCUGGAUUCCCCGAGUAGAUUGGUCCACACAAAUGGCCCCCUAAACCCAUAAACACAAAUGGCAAAACUUCAAAGAAAAUGAAAGGAAAAAGCCCAGUUUCUAUGUCAUGUAAAAUUUUCUGGAGUUGGCUGGAGGAAGAGUGGAGCUCAGAGCUAAAGUCCAGGGGUUACUUCCUCUUUUUCUUGGGAGGUGCAGAGCUGUGUCUAGAACCCCGGUUGGAGCCUCGGCCUGAACUGUGCACAGACGCCUUCCGCUUCCGGCUCAUACUUCGACUCUGUUCCUCUUCUUCCUCAUAGCGACUUUCACGGUCAGCUACAUGGAAUGAAGAGGUGUUAUCAGUUAGCUUUAGUCACCUACUAUUUCUGGCUGGCAUAUAAUAUCAUGGAGAAUCCAUUCAGUUUCUAGUUAUGUGACCCUAGGCAAGUGCUUAAAUUUUCUGAGCCUUGGUUUACUGAUUUAUAACACAGAGAUUUACGUAAGGAAUUAAAGAAGCUAUUUUGUGCUAGGUACCUACCAUGUCAUUUGGGAUAGGUCAGGUAAUAAACUUCCUCUUCAUCUUUAACUUGUGUUUACAGUUUGGUUUCAGAGUAACUACGUAGGGACUAGCACUAUACUGACACACCUAACUUGGAAUCUUACAUAAUUACAUGAUAUCUUGGUUCUAGGCAUGCUAGAGGCUUAGACUGGGAAAAAAGCACCCACCUAGGCACUCAUGCCUUACACUUGAGAGUUUAAGGACACAUUCCAGACCUAAUUUCUCCUUUGGUCAAUGAAGUUACAGGUGUGGCUUAGUAUCAGAUUUACAGUGUUUUUUGUUAUCUCAUUAGGCUACUAAUAUUAAAACCUCAAAAUAUACAAAUGUGUCAGAAACUUCUUCCUGUUGCUCAAGUUGAACUCAAACUCCAAUCUUCUUGGUCUUAGCCUCUAGUUCUGGGAUUACUGGCAUGCACUACCAUGCCUGGCUAGAAAUUUAUACAUAAAUAAAUGGGUAAGUGUAACAGGCCAAACAAAAGCAACAAAAUCUUUUAACCUUUUCGGGCUUCUUCUUCCAGUUCAUCCCAGUCUUUCCCACUUUCUUCUUCACUACCCAGGGAUUCCUUUGAGUAGUCUGGAAUAACAAUGAUUACGAGUAAAGUCAUGCAGGAAUGGAUGACGUGAUUUUUCUCUUUGCAAAAAUAGUUCCAGAAAGAAAACUAGAUUAGGGAGCCAUGACAAAUUUUUUGUUACAGAGACUAACCUGAUUCCUCUGCUUCUGAUGAAUAAUCUUCAUCGCUGUCUUCCUCUUCCUCUUCAUAGUCAUCCUCUGAAGGAUUGAAAGUCUCAUCUUCGAUUUCAGACUCUGAAUCCCCUUCCUCAGCAUCACUCCCCUGGGUAAGAUAGAGUGCAAUACUAUUUAUUUAUUUUACUCUCAUUUAUAGCAAAUUAGUCCAUCUAGUAUCUAUAGUACUAUAUACUAUCUAUAGUAUCUAUAGUACUACCAGCACUUUACAUGGAAAAAACAAAAACCCUGAAUGACCAAAAGACUAGUUUCAUUACUGGUAAGGUAUAGUCAUCAUACCCUUCAACAUCUAAUUUCUUAAUUCUUUUCUGUUUUUCCCUUUCCUUUUUUGUGCUGGCAAUUGAACCUAGGAGACCUGCACAGACCAAUCUGUAUUGUGAAAGGAUUGUUUUCUCCUUCUUUGCUAAGAGAAAUUAAGGACAGAAGGCAGGCAGGCACUUAUGCCACUGAGCUAAAUCCCCAACUUGAAAGAUUAUAAAAAUGCAAAGUACUUUUUGUGACAUGCCCUAAAUCUGUCCCCCAUACUAAGAAACUCAGUAAAGACGAGUUUAUACAAUCAACGAACUUCCUUGUCAGUGGCUACCAAUGCCCCAUCAAUUUAUCAUUUAGUAUAAACAUGUCAAGCUGUGAUUCAGAGUUUGCAGUCUCAGCUGUUCAUGGAUUCUUCCUUACAACCCAACUAGCAACUGUUCAUGGAAACACCCGCAAUUUAGCGAAAACCACAAAUACCCUCCACAGUCGUUCUUUUGGCAGGAGGUUUCCAAGUAGUUGUGGAGUGCUAUUCAGUUCUCCUUGCUGGCGGGCAGCUGCCCUGUGACCACUUUUGGCAGAUGCUCCAGCAUUCCUAUGUCAUGACAGACUGCUGUACUAAGACCCUAAGUUCCCUGAGAUGCAGCCAAAAUGCCCUGCAUCUUCUAAGUAUUUAUUAAAUUAAAUAAUGUAGUAGCUGAAGACAUAGAAUAUUUAGGGUUUAAACUAUAAAAAUAUGCAUUUUUCUGACUGUAUCUGCAAUUUUCAGUUUUGCACAAUUUGUGGGUGCUCUAGGAACGGAAUCCUUGCCAACUUGCUGGGUGCACUGUACCCCUAAGAGCACUCUGAAGACAUGGCUGUUCAGCGGCUCUUCAAGCUGCCCUGCCCUGUACCAUCCCUGUGUCAUUCUGCAACUGCCCAGACAGCAGCAGGAUGCACUGUAUCCCACACUCACGCACCUCACCCUCAGGUUCCAGGAAAGACCAGCCACCCUGCUCAAAGAAGCCCUCAGGGUCAUCCACAAUGGUCUUCAUGAUUUUGGUCCAGUUGAGGGACUGUACUCCUUCGGUGUACUUUAGGUCACAGGAACUGAGAGAAAUGACAUUAUGAAAUCAGCAUCAAUCUUCUGUAUUUUGGGGAAUGUUCAGUAUCACUCACCUUGGACAUCAGCAUGCCUGCGGAACACAUAAUCCUUCCCUGAUAGGGGAACAGAUGCUCUUUGCUCUGUGCCCCCCACGUGUGCCCACCUGGCUACCUCUUCUCCCUCAGCACAAACCCUGGGAACAGAGCCCACUUCGGCUUCGUAAUCCGUCCCUCAAUUGAGUCUAAGCUCACUGACUUCCUUAUUUCCAUUUUCCCUUUAAACAUCAAUUUCCCAGCCCUUCAUUUAGUCUUUGUUCUUCCUUCUCCAUGCUUUCCCCUCUCUUCACUGAUUCCAUACUUAUUGGUGAGUAAGUUGAACUCACAACUACUUCUGGGACUCAUAUGUUGCAGCUCCAAUCAUUCACUCCACUAUAAUUAAGAAAUAGGGACAAUUUUUAGUGGUCCUAGAUUUCCCUCCUCAAAAUUCCACUGUUUUAUUAUCUCUUAUUUAUUUGACAAAAGGUCUGUUUGAAGUCCAAGGCGCAUUAAAAAAAAGGUAAAAGUUUAAGUAACUUUUCACUCACUGCCAUUGAUUAGCUAAAAUAGAUAAGGAUGAAACCACACAUGUGUGAAUAGGGAGUGUGGUAAGAGGAUAAAAUGGCCAGAGAAUACAAUCCUUGAAAAGUGGAAAGCAAGGUUUUGUCCCACAAUUGCCCCUGUUUUCUGUAUGGAGGCAAUUCUCAGGCUGUGUUGAAGUGUGGAACACAAGGAGCUAAGAAACAGAGUUUGUGGGCUGGGGAUUUAGCUCAGCGGCAUAAGCACCUGCCUUGCAAGCAGGCGGUCGUGAGUUCGAUCCCUGGUACUGAUAAAAAUGAAAAAGACAAAAAAAUGAAAAAGACAAAAAAAAAAAAAAAAAAAAAAGAAACAGAGUUUGUGGAGAUUGGGACAUUUAGAAUUUGUGGGAUGCAGUAGCGGAGCAGAGUUACAUGGGAAAGAAGUUCUUUAGCUGAGGCCUGAUCUACACACAUGACAUGAAUCUGCAUCUGGGUAAGCAGUGGUCCAGAUAAACCCUAUGUUUCACACACAACUAAAAAUAAAUCCUGUUCCCAGUACUUUCUUUGAAAAGCCCUCACAAUGCACAGUGCCUCAGAUAGCCCCCAGAAGAGAGUCAUGUCAACAGUGAAGCCAGUCAGCUCCAGAACAAAGGCUUUUAAACCCAUACUACUAAGGACAUCUGAAAACAAGCCUUAAAGCACUAAGAGAAUCCAAAUAAUAUAAAUAAUAGAAUAUACAAUAUUCAAAAAGACAGCACCCAGAAUGUGGAGUUAUAAUGUUUGGCAACUGAUCACAAAUUAUCAGGCACACAAAGAAUCAAGAAAGCGGGGCUGGGGGUUUAGCUCAGCGGCAUAAGCACCUGCCUUGCAAGCAGGCGGUAGUGAGUUCGAUCCCUGGUAAUGAUAAAAAUGAAAAAAGACCAAAAAAAAAAAAAAAAAAAAAAAAAAAAAUCAAGAAAGCCAGGUAUGGUGGUGCAUGCCUGUAAUCCCAGUACUUGGGAAGCUGAGGUGGGAGGAUACACAAGUUUGAGAUCAGGCUGAGCUAUAUAUAGCAAGUCCUUAUCUCAAAAAACAAAACUAGUGGGCUGGGGAUUUAGCUCAGCGGCAUAAGUGCCUGCCUUGCGAGCAGGCAGUCGUGAGUUUGAUUCCCCGGUACCGAUAAAAAGGAAAAAGAAAAACAAAAAAAAACCAAAAAAAAAACAAAAACCCCAAACCAACCAACCAAACAAAUCAAUCAACAGGGGCUGGGGUAGCUCAGUGGCGUAAGUGCCUGCCUUGCAAGUGUGAGGUAACGAAUUCGAUCCAGGUACCACCUUAGAAAAAACCCAAGAGACUGUCUAGGUCUGACCCAGAAAAUACAAAGAUGGAGAAACAGACAAGGAUGUUUUAAAAAGUUAUUAUAAAUAUGCUCUACAUGUUCAACAUGGAAGACAGAAACUUGAACAUGAGAAAAGUGAAAUACAUAGUUUCAGAAAAAAAAUGAAGGGACGGGGACUCAGGAAAAAGCAAAAAAUACUUGAAGCACAAUGGCCUGAACAUUUCCAAAUGUGAAAAAAAAACCUAUAGUCAUAUAUUUAAGAAGAAGAAUGAUUAUCAAGGAGUAAAUAAACAAAACUAAACAAAAGCACCUACUAACCAAACUGCUCAAAAAUUCAAUGAUGAUUACAAAAAUCUUGAAUCAACUGAGGAAAAAAAAUGACAAGUGGUACAAAGGAAAAAAGUGGCAGAUUUCUCCAGACUCUCUGCAAGCCAGAAGCUAACAGAGCAACAUUAGCUGGGUGUGGUGACACACACUGUAAUCCCAGCACUCUGGGAAGCUGAGGCAAGAGGUGGCAUGCUGGCAUCUAGCCAGGGUACUUCAGCAACUAAAUGAGACCUUGUCUCCAAAAUAAAAAGUAAAAACGGCCAAAAUGUAGAUCAGUACGAAGGCCCUGGGUUCAAUCCCUAGUACAGGGAUGGUAAGGGCAGAUGGUAUAAUUUCCUGAGAAAAUACUUCCAUGGGUGAAAAUCAUUGAAGCAAGUGUUACUUUUUUGUUGGCACACACUUGCAGUACAUAGGGAUCACACUCAUUGUGGGGAGCAACAAUCUUUUAAAUAUUUCAAGUUUGUCAGUUUAGAAUUCCAUACUCAGCCAAAUCAUCUUGCCAAACUGGAAGUGGAAUAACACUUCUCAAAAAGCUGAGGAUGGGACAUGAGAAAACCUUCAUCUCCAAUACUGAAGCAAGUUUAUCAGGCGGAAGAAAACCAGACACAAGUGUCAAAGUACAAAGUGAAAUGAACAUCACCAGGAAUGGUAAAUAUAUGAGUGAAUAUAAAGAUGCCUCCCUAUCUUGUAAAUUAAAAUGUUACUUUUGGAGAUGAAAUAAUGAAGUGCACAAUCAUAGUAUAUUAGAAGUAAAACAUAUGACAAGGAGAAAUGAAAACAUAAAAACCUUCCCACAGUUGUGACAUGCUACUCAUUGUAGUACAUGUUUAUGGAAACCUCAUUUAAAAUCAUUUCAAAACCAAGAGUACAGCUAGUAAGUAAAUAUGAGAGAAAAUAAAAAAUUCUAUCAUAAAAAUAAUUCAAAAAGAAGGUAUACAAAGGAAAAAGCAGCUGAGGAAUAGAUGAAAAAAUGCUAAGAUGGUAGAUUUGAACCCAAAUGUACUUUUUUUUUUUUUUUGUCUUUUUGAGACAGGGUCUCUAUGCAGUUCAGGUUGGCCAUGAGCUCACUCUGUAGCCCAGGCUGGUCUCAAACUUGCAACAAUCCUCCUGCCUCAGCCUCCCAAGUGCUGGAAUUACAGGCAUGAGCCACCACGCCUGGCUCCAAAUGUAUUUUUUCCCAACCAUACUGAUAAUUAAAUGUAAAUGAUUUCCAGCAUUGUAAUUAAAAGGCAGACGUAACUGGAAUGGACUUAAAAGCAUGAGUCUUGAGUAUCUGCUGUCUCCAAGUAAGCCACUUCAUGUAAAAAAUAAGGUGAGUGGUAGGUCACUUAACUCAGCAUGUAUGAUGGCUUGGAAUUGAUCUUAGCACCACCAAAACACAAAGGACAUAAGGUAUGUUCAAAGUGAAAAGAGAAAAAAAAGAUGCUAUGCAAACACUAAGGAAAAAAUAGCUGAAAGUCUACAGAUAGCACAGCAAGGAGAUUUUUGAACAAGGAUAUUCUUUGUCUGAAAUGGUUGAGACCAGAAACAUUUCACAUUAUUUUUCAGGUUGUGGAAUAUCAGCAUAGAAGUAAGAUACCUUGCGAGUAAGUCCCGUGUCUAAAAUCAAAAGUCACUUUCACUUUAUAUACACUGAAGUAUUUUGGAUUAGUGAUGAGCAACUUAUGUUACUAGGAACGAAGGAAAUUUUAUAUCGUGAAAGAGUUAAUCAUCUGUUAAUCUGUAACACAGCUUUGAAAUAUAUGAAGCAAAAUCUGAUAGAAGUACAAAGAAAAAUACAGAAAUAACUGUAGUAUCAGAUUUAAAAAGCAUCCUGGGUAGAGGGAAGGAGCUCAGUGACAGAGCACUUGUCUAGCAUGACGCCCUAGGCUCAAUCUUCCGCAGCAGCAGCAGCAACACCCCCAACACAGGCACAGAGUGCAUGCAUGUACAGAAGGCUUCAAUACCAUCAGCUUGAUAUUUACAGUAGCUUUCAUACAAAAACAGAACAUUAAUUCAACUUAAAGAAACAGAGAAAAUUCUUUUAUAUCAUGCGCUGACCCAUACAAGUAUCAACACAUUUAAAAGGACUAAAAUCAUACAAAAAUGUUCUGUAACCUUCAGAGAAUUUAGAAAUCAACGAUGUGGAAUUCCCAAAUAAUUGAUCUGGUACACUCGGGCAAGGGGUCAAGAAAUCUGGCAAGUCUCUAGCCAGACUGAACAAAAGAGGACACAAAAAAGAUGUAGAUCAUCCUAAGUCUACAGCUAUUUGAAAAAAAUUGAACUCAUGAUUAGAAAUCAUCCAACAAAGAGAACUCAGGCCCAGAGAGCUUCACUGGUAUAUCUGCUAAACAUUUAAGAAAACACCAGUCUAUGUUCUCUCCAGAAAACUGAAGAGGCACCUUAUUCCAUGAGGUUGUAUUAAGCUGAUACUAAGACAGUAUUAGAAAUAUUCCCCAUGAAUAUAGAUGUAAAAACCCUCAAAUAAACAACCGUGUAUCGGAUCCAGGACUACAGGAAGAAAUUACACCACAAGGGGCUGGGGAUUUAGCUCAGUGGCAUAAGCGCCUGCCUUGCAAGCAGGCAGUCGUGAGUUCGAUCCCUGGUACCCAUAAAAACGAAAAAGACAAAAAAAAAAAAAAAAAAACAAAAAAAAAACAAAAAAACAAAAACACCACAGAGGGAGAGUAAUUCUGAGGAAGCAAAGCUGGCUUAAAAUUUAAAAAGAAAUGUAAUUCACAAUACCAAAAAUUACAAAAGAAAAAAUACUUCAUCUAAAACAGCCAGAAAAAGCAUAAGAAAAAUUCAAAAUUCACUAAGGAUUUUAUUUACCUUCAAAUUUGUAGGCUAGAGAUAAAUGAAUAGAAUAACAUUUUCUAUCCAAUCAUUUUCUCUAGCCACUUUCCAUUUUCCAAAGUUUAAUUACCAGAGCAGGGAAUAUGCCCUGAACUGAACUCAACACUUUGGAAACAUUUAAGAUUUUUUUCUGAGCAACAGCUCUUGCAUGUAGUUCAAACUGGCUUCCAACUCGCAGUGAACCUUCUGCCUCAGUCUCUGAGUGCUUGGAUUACAAGCCAUACACCAUCAUACCCAGCUAUGUUUAUGAUAUUAAAAAAAAAAAUCUCUCGGCAAAGUAGGACUUCAGCUGAUGAAGGAUGUCUUUUUUUUAAAAAGUCUUAUAGCUAAGGACUUUAAAAAGACAAAGACCAGGACAUACGCACUCACAACUUUUACCUGGCAUUGGACUGGAGGUCCUAGAGAAUAAGGUAAGAAAAAAAUAAGUAGAGAUUACGAAUGAGUAAGAAUUAUCUGUAGACAACCUGACUGUAAGGAAAUGUCACACAGCCUGCAAAAACUAGAUCUAGUGAGUUUAGCAAGCCUGCAGACUAAAACUUUUCAUUUCCUUAUGUUAGAAAUAAACAAAUAUCACUUACAUUCACUUGGAAAAGUCUGAAAUAUGUAGGGAUAAAUUUAACCGAACAUAGGCUAGAACUGUACAUUGGCAAUUAUAAAACACUGCUAAAAGAAACUAAAAAACAGCUAAAUAAUGGAGAUAUAUACCAUGUUCACGGACUGGAAGAUUCAACAUUCUCCCCAAAUUAAUGUACGAAUUUAAGAGAAACUAUCAAAAUUGCCACAAAACUUUCUGAGAAAAAAAAAGUUGAUUCUAAAAUCAAUGUAGAAAGCUCAAAACAAUUUUAUAAAGGAACAAAAGUGGUGAACUUGCACUGUGUGAUAUGAACAUUACCAUGAAGUUAAGAGUAUGGUACUAGCAAGGCAUGAUGGUGCACCUAGAAGACUGAGGCAGGAGGAUGGACAGCUGCUAGGUUGAGGCCACCGGGGGCUACACAGCGAGUCCAAGGCUAGCCUGAACUACCCAGUAACACCCUGUCUCACAGAGCCAACCAAACCAAACCAAACCAAACCAAACCAAACCAAACCAGUAUGACAGUAUUAUAACAGAUAUGUAUGAGGUACCAUCAAAAAAAUGGUGAAUGUGUAAUUUUUAAAAAUUACAGCAAAGUACAAUAAUCGCCCUUACUCCCAACACUCUUAACCUAUUGUUCCUGCCAGUUUCUGAAGCAAUUCUAGAUGUUCUCUUUAUUCAGCAUAUUUAGUUGUGCUGUCAUAGCAGCCUUGGUGUCAUGAAUCAGUUCUGGUUUGAUGUAGGCACAAACCAGAAGUCAUACGGUACAUAUCAAAUCAGUAAAGAUAUACCACAGUAUGUCUUCUGGUUGGAUGGCCACCAGCAACAGAAUUCACUGAAUUUUUUAUUAUACGUUUUAAAGGUUCUCACAAAGAGAACUUCCACAAGUGCUGCACAAAUGGCAAGAAGGGGUGCAGUAGUGUAUCCCUGUAAUCCCAGCACUCAGGAGGCCAAAGGAGGAUUGCCACCCAAACUACAUAGCAAGACCCUGUCUCACGUCUUCCCCCCAAAUGGCAAGAAUGAUAAGUGUGUUCCAAGCAGAGGGAGUAUUCUGAGGGAGAAUAAUGGCAAUGUCUUUUAUUGUAAUACGUUUUAAAAAUUUAAACACACUGCCUUUUUAAAUCAGUUCUUAUAUCAACACAACAGAAUACAGGUUCAGAAAGGGUGAAUUGAGGCUUCUCUGACAAAGAUGCAAAGGUAAACUCAAAGCAGAAGGGACAGUAUUUUCAAUAAGUGAUGUUAGGAUAAGUAGUUAUUUAUAUGUGAAGCAUGAAUAUUCAAUUUUACAUCAUAGUAAUAAUUUAACCUGAAACAAUAUUACAAAGAUAAAUAUAAACCCUAAACCUGUAAGACCUGAUGAAAAGUUACAUUUUUAUCACACUGAGUGAUAAAUUUGUAAAAUUUAUAAGAUGAGGUGUAAGAGACACAAAACCCAUGAAACUAUUGAUUGGGGAUGGGUAAGUGACUCUGUGGGGGAGCUCUUGCCUUGCAUGCAUAGAGCCAUGGGUUCAAUCCCCAGCAACUCCACCCUGACAAACAAGCUGAUCCAAUAGAUUUAAUCGCAAUUUUACAUGUCAGGUCCUCAAAAGACACAUGAGAAGAUGACAAUGUGCCAGGCACUUAUGGCACUGCCUAUAAUCCCAGCAACUGGGAAGCUGCGGUAAGAGGAUCAUCAGGAGUUUGAGGUCAGCCUGGGCUACGUAGUGAGUUCAAGGUCAGCCUCUACUACGAGAUGAAACCUUGUCUCAAAAAUGAAAAACACAAAGAAACAAAGAAAAGGGAGACACAAAGAAAACUAGCGUAAAAUUUGCACUUAUAACCCAAACAACAAGCAAUCUCAUUUUAAAAAUAGGCAAGAAAUAUGAGUAGGUGUUUCAUCAAGAACGGGACAUAAGUAUAUGAAAAGAUACUCAGCAUCAUGUGCCGUCACAGAAAUGAAAACUCAACUGUUGUACCUUAAGUACAACAGCUAUUGUAAGAAAAAAUGAUACCACUAAGUGUUGGUGGGAAUGAGGGCCAACUCUCACACCUACCAAUUUUCCAGCCACAUUGGAAAAUGGUUUGGCAAUUUCUUAAAUAUCUACUUAAAUGAGAAACUGAGACAGGACUGCUGCAAGUCCAAAGCAGCCUACACUACAUAGUGAGUUUGAGGCCAGCCUAAACUAUACAGUAAGACCUUGUCUCAAACACACAUGCAUGCUGAAGACUAUGACUCCACAAUUACAGUCAAUAACCUAAAGGAAAAGUGUUGGGAGCCGCAGCCCCGAGCCCGGUCGCCUCACUUGGCGGACGUGAGGCCUGUAGUAAAGAGUAAAGCCUGAGGUAGAUUACCCCUCCCAUCGAGCACGUUAGUUUCCUGCUUACCGCGUAAGCAACCCGCUCAACAAUAUAGUCUGCCUGGCAACUGAUGAUGUUAGCCAAUCAGCUUGCCUUGCUUACUUUAACAUGAUUGGACACUGUAUCCGUAUAUAUACUGGUGCCACCCCUGGGGGGGAAGAAGAAGCCCGGAAGUAGAAGCCUAGAAGGAGCCGCGGGGAGCGGACCAAAGGAGGCUUCGGCUGGGAGCGAUCCCAGGGCAGGCUGUACGGAGAAGGAAAAUAAAAGAAAAGGUUGUCCACUGCCA